UUAUAUUAUUAUUUUUUGCUUUCCUUUUCUUUUUUAAGACUUUGUGAAAUACUCCACUUGCAGAUUAUUGAAGCAAACCUCAAUGGAGACUUGAACCUGAAAAUAGAGUCGGAACUAGUGUGCGUUACAACUCACUUUAAAGAUCUUGGGAAUCCGCCAUCCGCCUCUGAAAACGAGUCUGAGGACCGCAGCCCAGAGCAGAUGGCGGAGGUGCAGGUGGACAUCAGGAAGUUCCUGCAGUUUCUUGCUGGACAACAAGUGAAUCCCACAAGGGGCGUCUGCAAUAUCGUGAGUCACAAGAUGGUGCACUUUGACCUGCUCCACGAGGACGUGUCCCUCCAGUACUUCAUCCCGGCCUUGUCCUAGCACUGCCAACUGCACGGGGCCCGGAGACCAUUGCCAUGACCCGGAGAGGCACGGGGUGAUGUGCUCAGUCGUUUGUCAAUAUGUCCUCACAGCAGCACAAAUUCUGUACAUUUCCCUUAUUUUUCCCUCCAUGAUAAUUUAACUAGAAAUUAAAUUAAUGAAAUAGUUGAAUAAACAUGUUACUUCAUAUUAUUGUAA